UUCGGACUUGGAAUUCGGAGUAGGUUGACUGUUCAAAACAAUUUGUCUCAGUCGGGGCUCGUUUUUCAUGAGUUCCCAGUCUUGAACACGGUUGGAGAUUUUUGAUAAUAACAUAGGAUACUGAAGACAUUCGCGCCGACGCACUUGCGUCUCUAUAGUGGUGGUACAUUCAAUUCCAAGUGUGGUUCACUUUUCCCAUGCAAGUUACAAGGAAGAGGGAGACGUUGCAAUAAGGGUCUACUCAUUUCAGCAUUUUACGUCAGGGUUGAAAGGUGAGCAAAUUGAAAUCGCAGCUGCAGCAGCGUUUGUAAAUAUUAUUGAAGCUACGCAAAGGUAGGUAGCUAAAGGGUGUGAUGCGGAACUUGAGGUUGCUGAAGAGCCUUCGUUGCUCGGAGCUGCAGGGCCCGGGCACGCCGCAAUGUUUCUCUGUUCGGACAGACACAGGUACGGUGCUCAUCGCUUCAGAAUACUCCGUCACCGAGUUGGACCCACGAGCUGGCCAGGUGUUGAAUGAGGUGUCGUUGACAGCUGAGCGCUACCUUCCAGAGGAUGGCAGUGGGACAGUUGUUGGUAUCCAGGACUUACCAGACCAGGAGUCUGUGUGUGUUGCUACAGCCACUGGUGAUGUCAUCCUCUACAACCUCAGCACUAACCAGUUGGAGUGUGUGGGCAGUGUGAACAGUGGUCUAACAGCCAUGAGCUGGAGCCCGGACCAGGAGCUGGUCACUCUCACCACUGGUCAGGACACCAUUAUCAUGAUGACCAAAAACUUUGAACCCAUCAUAGAGGUUGGGAUCCAUCAGGAUGACUUUGGAGAGGGGAAGUUUAUUACAGUGGGCUGGGGGAAGAAAGAGACCCAGUUCCAUGGCUCAGAGGGCAAGCACGCUGCCCAGAAGAAGACCAUAGAGGUGCAGCCAGCCAUGUCGUGGGACGACCGCAGGCCGAGGGUGACGUGGAGAGGAGAUGGCCAGCUCUUCGCUGUGAGCUCUGUUUGCCCCCAGACUGGUGCCAGAAUGGUCAGAGUUUGGAACAGAGAAUGUGUCUUGCAGUCAACAAGUGAAACCGUCAACGGUCUGGAGCAGUCACUGUGUUGGAAACCGUCAGGUAGUUUGAUAGCAGCCACACAGCGUCAUCCUAACAAGCACAGUGUGGUGUUUAUGGAGAAGAAUGGCCUCCUACACGGGGACUUCACCCUGCCUUUUGGAAAAGAACAGGUCAAGGUGAAGGCAUUGCUGUGGAACAGCGACUCUACUGUGUUGGCUGUGUGGCUAGAGGACAUGACACGAGAAGAGGGGGGCCAAGUCAACACAUACAUUCAGCUGUGGACAGUAGGUAACUACCACUGGUACCUGAAGCAGAGCCUAUACUUUGGCAGCGACCCCCAGAGGGCGCCAGCUGACGUGAGCUGGGAUCCUGAGAGGCCCCUGGGGCUGCACCUGGUGACCCGAGGCUGGGCUAGCCUGACCUACGACUGGGGCUGGAGCACUGACCGCAGCCACGGGGAGGACGGGCAGGACAACGCUAACGUGGCUGUGAUCGAUGGAGACAAGGUCCUAGUGUCGACAUUUCGUCAGUGUGUGGUGCCCCCACCCAUGUGUGCCUACGAGCUCCAGCUGCCCGCCCCUGUCAACCUGGUGACCUUCCACCGCCAGCCCCAGAGAACCAAUGAGCUGGCAGCACUCACCGCCGACGGACACAUCCUAGUCUACGGUCAAGGUACUGGGGACCAGAGUGACCCUACUGCCAGAGUGGGAGGAUUCCGAUCUAUCACACACGCUCCUCAGUUAAAGACUACCUACAGGGUUUUGUUGGAUCAGGAGGAGCCCCUGGCUCUGCGUCUCCUGCUGUGGCUGAGGGGGGAUGUGUUCCUGGGGGUGGGGGGCUGUGCAGGUGGGCCGUCCCAGUCCACGCUGCUUAUCCUGGGACCCUCGGAGGCCCAGAGCCCCCAGUCAACCCUGGAGAUCAAGUCGCGUGUGGAGGUUGAAGGUCACGUUAUCAGCAUGUGUCACAGCUCCAAUACGGGCACAGUGGCCCUGCAGCUGGAGGACGGCCAGAUCAGGAAGUUCCUCUGGGACUCCCUGAAGCCUAGUGUGGUGGGCUGGCAGGACGUGACAGGCUACAGCAUCAACUUCCCAGAUCCCUGUGUGCAGACGGCCCUCUGUACUAUAGAAAAGGAGCAUCUGCUGGGGCUUACAGACCGAUCUCACCUGUUUGUUGACGACACAGAGGUGGCCUCCAACGUCUCCUCCUUCGUGGUCUACGAUGACUUCCUGCUACUCACCACACACUCGCACACAUGCCGCUGCCUCCGACUCAGCACACUCACUGUCAAAGGGCUGCAGGUGGCCUUGGCUGCAGACCGAGGUCAGAAUGACCAGAAUGACGAGACUCUCCGCAGGGUGGAAAGGGGCUCCAGAAUCGUCACUGUGGUCCCCCAGGACACCAGGCUCAUCCUACAGAUGCCUCGCGGUAACCUGGAGACCAUCCACCAUCGAGCGCUGGUAUUGGCUCAGCUCAGAAAGUGUCUGGACAGUCAGAAGUUCCGAGAGGCCUUUGAGUGCAUGAGGAAGCUGCGGAUCAACCUCAACCUGAUUUACGACCACAACCCCAAGGUGUUUUUAGAGAGCGUGGAGACCUUCCUGAGACAGCUAGACUCUAUCAACCACAUCAACCUUUUCCUCACAGAGCUCAAAGAGGAAGAUACCACUACGACAAUGUACCCAUACCCAUCGAACGCUACAGGCCAGUCAGCGCCUGGGGCUUGUGGGAAGAAGGUUGACAUUGUUUGUGAUGCGCUACGCUGCACCAUGGAAUCUAUGGACCAACACAAGUACUGCCUGUCUAUCUUGACGUCACAUGUGAAGAAGACUGUUCCUGAGCUGGAGGUUGCCCUGCAGAAAGUCCACGAGCUUCGAGUGAACCCACCCGGUGCAGCCAACGCGGUGAGUGCGGAGGAGGCUCUGAAGUACCUGUUGUUCCUAGUCAAUGUCAACGAGCUGUAUGAACACUCUCUGGGCACCUACGACUUUGACUUGGUCCUCAUGGUAGCUGAGAAGUCCCAAAAGGACCCCAAAGAGUACCUUCCCUUCCUGAAUAUGCUGAAGACUCUAGAGCCCAACUACCAGCGCUACACCAUCGACAAACACCUGAAGAGAUACAGGAAGGCCCUGCACCACCUCAGCAAGUGUGGUGAGGAGCACUUCACCGAGGCCCUAAAUCUGGUGAAGGACCAGAGGCUGUAUAGUGAAGCCCUAGGGCUCUAUCCAACAGACAGCCCUCAGUACAAGGCCUUGAGCUGUGCCUACGCUGAGUACCUGGUGGAGCAGCAGCAGGCAGAGCAGGCAGGGUUGUUGCUGUGGCGCUGCGGCGAGGCGGUCCGCGCCCUCCAGGCCUUCGUGGGCAGUGCCAGCUGGAGGAACGCCCUCUGUGUGGCAGAGCAGAUACCCCUUCCACCUGACCAGCUGGCACUGCUGGCUAGGGACCUGGCAGAGAAACUGAUAGAGCUCAGAAGAUAUACGGAGGCAGCCAUAUUGUUGGAGCAGUAUGCUAAGGACUGUGAGGAGGCCAUCUCGGCUCUGAUCACAGGUGCAGUCUGGGAAGAAGCACUUCGACUGGUGUAUUUGUACAACAGACAAGACAUCAUUGAAACAAACCUCAAACCAGCUCUCUUGGAAGCAUGUAGUUCUCAGACCUCCUACCUAGAAGCUCAGAGGGCGAUGUUCAUUCGUCACAAAACCCGUCUGGCCGUGGUACGGGAGCUUAAGGAAAAGGCCAGGCUGGAGUUACUGGAUGAGGAUGUCCCAGACUGUCCAGAGGCAGAGCUCUACUCAGAGGCCAGUAGUGUGAUGUCCGGCAGCCGUGCCGGCUCCAAGUACUCACAUAGUAACUCCCGCAUCUCCUCGAGGUCGUCUAAGAAUCGCCGGAAGGCUGAGCGCAAGAAGCUGAGUCUGAAGGAAGGGACCCCCCUAGAGGACAUGGCCCUGAUGCAUGCCCUGGCAGAGAUCAUCCACUCUGUGGACAAGAUGAGAGAGGAGGUGCACAGCCUGCUGAAGGGCCUGAUGCUGUUCCAGUUUGACGGACAGGCGGGGAGGCUGCAACAGGCCUAUGGGGAGGCUCUCCAGAUGAUUGAGGUGGCCCUUCCUGAGGUGUGGCAGGAGGGUCUUCAGCAGAGUCAGGCUCCGAUUACCGGUCCUAACUCCACAGCCAAUAGCAUCAUGGCUUCAUUUCAACAGCCAAGACCCUCAUCAACCCAAGAUUCAGAGACUCCCCCACCCCCAAAGAUGAGAAAUGGUGUCAAGUGGAAACUGAGUAUUUUGAAGUAGCUUUUUUGUCCUCACUGUUUUCUUGUUUCUUCUUUUAACUGUAAAGCUAUCUUAUCACGUAACCUAUUAAUAAAGAUGUAUACUGGA